UCGGUUGCACCGACGCCGGUUACAUAGUAGCGGGUACGGCGUGUCCUUGGGCAGAGGAAGCGCGAGUCGGACCGAGGCGGCGGCGGCGGCGGAGCGGAUCUCACCAUGGGUGAUGUGGAGAAGGGCAAGAAGAUCUUUGUUCAGAAGUGUGCCCAGUGCCACACGGUGGAGAAGGGGGGCAAGCACAAGACGGGGCCCAACCUGAACGGCCUCUUUGGCCGAAAGACCGGCCAGUCUCCCGGCUUCUCCUACACAGAUGCCAACAAGAACAAAGGUAUCAUCUGGGGAGAGGAUACGCUGAUGGAGUACUUGGAGAACCCCAAGAAGUACAUCCCUGGAACCAAGAUGAUCUUCGCAGGCAUUAAGAAGAAGGGAGAGAGGGCAGACUUGAUAGCAUACCUUAAAAAGGCCACCAGCGAGUAAUGGCUGUCUACUGCCUUGUUUAUUAUAAAAAGGAGGUGUCUCUCUUGUGAUGAGAUUGCUUUUCUUUUUUUACAUGUAUCAUAACAAUCCUAUUUAAAUUGGUUUCAUCAACCAGAGAAUUUUGAUCAUGAAUGGCUGUUUAAAAAUUUUGUUCAGCAGUCCUAAUGAAGGAAGGGUCAUAGUUACAGCCACGACGGAGCUGUCACACUUCUGUUUCUUUUACAAGAUUUUUAAUAGAGGUGAUGUGCUCCACCUCUGUCUUGGAAAGUUUUAAAUCUGGCUUCUUUUACUAAGCAAUAGGGAAAACCUACUUGAUAGUUUCAUAUGACUUUUACAUGUAGUAUGUUGGGGGGAUUAUCUUUUGGGGAAAAUUUGUGCCCCAGCCUGUCCAAAGGCAAGGUCAACUGAAUCAAAACAAACUCACGAACUUCUAACUUAAAUUCCCUAACUUUCCAUUCAUAAACAGCUUAAUUACAGUGAUUUGAUUAAAUACUGCCUUUAAAUUGUUGAAAGGCAUUUCAAUGUAUUUUAUUGUCUAACAAUCCAGAGUAAAGAACAUCCCAUCACAUGUGUGGGUGAUCUUUGAAUGGGAGCUGUGAUAGGACCUUCUGCUGAGUUGUUAAGUACCUGUUAUGCUCGACAUGUUCUAUAGUCGUGUUAAAACUGACUUGGAGGGUUCAGCUGGAUGAUGUGAUCAUAAGAAUUCAGCAAUUAAACACUUGUCAGUACACUUUUCCUGAA